UCAAGACCUCGAGUCUUCUAGCGGGACUAUGCGAGUGCAUUGGUUUGUGCCAAACACUCUUCCCCAACACCCUCUUGCUCAGUUUCCAGGUGUUGCUGUUUUUACAGAGAUCUAUCAAGUCACUGGUCCAGUCGAGCGAUUUUGUCGGCAGAUUGCUUCCAACGGAUAUGUUGUCUGUUGUCCAGAAAGCUAUCAUGAAUUUGAACAGCCUGGAGUCGUCAUUCCAUAUGAUGUCGAGGGCACCGAGAGGGGAAAUAAAUACAAGAUUGAAAAAGAGCUUUCGGCGUAUGAUGAGGAUGCCACAUUAACCUUGAAUGCACUCGAGAAGCAUCCCAAUUGCAAUGGAAAACUGGCGGCUACUGGAAUGUGUUUAGGCGGCCAUCUGGCAUUCCGCUGUGCAAUGGAUCCCAGAGUGAAAGCAUCUGUAUGCUACUUUGCUACCGAUAUUCAUUCCGAAACUCUUGGCAAGAACAAACAAUCCAACUCACUUGCUCGAUGCAACGAGAUCCGUGGUGAAAUAUUAAUGAUCUUUGGCAAACAGGAUACCCAUAUUCCUCCUUCUGGUAGAACACAUAUCUACAGUGCAUUAACAAAGGCCGAAGUCAAUUUCUCUUGGUAUGAAUUGCAGGCUCAACAUGCAUUUAUUCGAGAUGAACUGAGUAAAGGAAGAUACGAUCCUGCAGCAGCUAGCAACUGUUUCCAUAUGCUUCUGGAGUUGUUUUUCAGAAAACUUUAUGUCGAUUAUGGUCCAGAGACUGUAAAUACCCAGAUAAAAAUUGAACAUGUAUGUUAAAUGAAUCUUGAGUGUUUCAAAU